GACUCUCAAUGUUAAAUUUCUGUUAAUUAAACGAUGCGCAAGAUUGGGACACGAUCUUCAAUCUCUUAGUUUUCAUACAGGAUAGCCAGCAUUUAAAAUCUAUUUUAGACCAGGAUUAUAAUUUCGCCAUUUGUUCUUGUGUUGAUUGUGCCUUGGGGUGAAGACAGGGCUGCAUCAGAAUCUUGCACUUACGAUGGGUUUUGGCUUAAAAGCCGACACCCGGGUCUCGGAACUACAUUUCCCAGAACCCCAGUCGUGCCUCCCGUGAGUCCGCGCAUGCUUACUGGAGACAGGAAGCCACACUUACUGCUAGUCGCGUGGCCGAGCGCCGCUGACCGGAAGGGUCAACCUGUAUGAUUCCUUUCUACGGCUGUCAUGGCUGAAAACACAGACAGAAACCAGAUUGAGGAACUCCUAAACAGAGUAAAGGAACUGGAGCAGGAGGUGAAAAGACUUAAAAAAGAAAAGACCAACAGUGUCAAAGACUCAAGCAUCAAAGAAAAUUCUUUAGGUUCUGGAAAAGCUAAGCGUGCAUUUGAUUUCAGUGCUCAUGGCAGAAGACAUGUAGCUCUAAAAAUAGCCUACUUAGGCUGGGGAUACCAGGGCUUUGCCAGUCAGGAAAACACAAGCAAUACCAUUGAAGAGAAACUGUUUGAAGCUUUAACCAAGACCCGAUUAGUAGAAAGCAGACAGACAUCCAACUAUCACCGGUGUGGUCGAACAGACAAAGGAGUUAGUGCCUUUGGUCAGGUGAUUUCUCUGGACCUACGUUCUCAAUUUCCAAGGGGCAGGGAAUCAGAUGAUUCUGAUUUAAAAGAUGAAGCCGAUGAUACUGCUAAAGAGAUCCGUUAUACCCACAUUCUCAAUCGGGUGCUCCCUACAGACAUCCGAGUACUGGCCUGGGCCCCAGUAGAGCCUAGCUUCAGUGCUAGGUUUAAUUGUCUUGAGCGGACUUACCGCUAUUUUUUCCCUCGUGCUGAUUUAGAUAUUGUAACCAUGAAUUAUGCAGCUCAGAAGUAUGUUGGCACUCAUGAUUUCAGAAACUUGUGUAAAAUGGAUGUGGCCAAUGGAGUGAUUAAUUUUCAGAGGACUAUUCUGUCUGCCCAAGUACAACUAGUAGCUUGGAGCCUGGGUGAGGACAGAAGGCAAGAACCUUUCCAGUUAUGUCAGUUUGAAGUGAUAGGUCAGGCAUUCCUGUAUCAUCAAGUUCGGUGUAUGAUGGCUAUCCUCUUUCUGAUUGGCCAAGGAAUGGAGAAGCCAGAGAUUAUUGAUGAACUGCUAAACAUAGAAAAAAAUCCCCAGAAACCUCAGUAUAGCAUGGCUGUUGAAUUUCCUCUAGUCUUAUAUGACUGUAAAUUUGAAAAUACCAAAUGGAUUUAUGAUCACGAGGUUCAAGAGUUCAAUGUUACCCACCUACAACAGCUAUGGGCUAAUCAUGCUGUUAAAACCCACAUACUGUACAGUAUGCUGCAAGGACUAGACUCUGUCAUGAUAACACAUGGGGCAGGAGCAAACAUGGAUGAAGCAACAGAAUGGAGAAACAUUAAGCCCUCGGUCAUAAAACAAAGUAGUGCCUUUGUGGAAGGAGUGAAAAUGCGCACAUAUAAGCCGCUCAUGGAUCGUCCUAAAUGCCAAGGACUGGAAUCUCGGAUCCAGCACUUUGUGCGUAGAGGACGCAUUGAGCACCCACAUUUACUCUGUAGGGAAGAAACAAAGGUCAAAAGGGACUGUGCUGACACAGAAGAAGAAAAUACUGUUUUAGAGAAUCCAACGAAGAGGGUCUGUAAAAUAGAGGCAGAAAUUAACAGUAUUGUAUAAUCCCAGUAAGCUAGGAUCUCUGCCAGGAUCCAAGAACAACAACCAGCUAAAAUUCUAAUGAUUGGCUCUUAAAAAGACCUAACAAGUCUUAAACAAUAAAGGGUCGGGUCUACAUGUUCUCUAGUCCCUAUCCAAAAGAAUUAUGAAAUGAAAGAAGCAAAAAGCACCUGUGAGCUAUUCGCCCCUGGAAAUCUGUGCCUUGUGUUCAAAUUCAUUAAAGCCUGAUCCCACAAAUA